AUGGAUUCGCCUCCAAAACGACGCAGGAGCAGUAAUGUUCCAGGCGACGCCGCUGGCGCGUCGCAUUCCACUGCAUUUCACGAUGCGACGCGGCGUUCCGGCACCCCCUCCUUCCAGUCACCAACUAAGUCGAGUCUGGCGAAAUCACAUCCUGACGUUCUUGAGCGUGCCCUAAGUAGAUCUCCUAGUCGGCGACCGGCAAGUCGAGACAAUCAGGACCAAGCAGAAAGGCCUACCAGCUUUGGGCUUCGAGGCCGCAAAGCCUUUCGUCCCUCUAUGAGUGCGACAUCCAGUCCGACAAAAGCCCCGCGAAUGGGUGACAAUGCGCCCAUGAUAUCACCGAGUAAACGCCCAAGUGGCAUCCAAUCGUUUACAAAGCCACCUCGCCGAUUAUCAAAGAAAAUCCUGCCGGGGGAUUUCUGGUUUGGGUCACCUGCUGGGAAACCAAGUCAGCCGAUAGCGCAACCUCAAUCCAACACUCCAGAGGACCAAUUAGCUUCGGAGUUGGGAACAGCUACACAGGAAGCGAAUUUGAAUGAGCCUAUACACUUUGGUCUGGAUGGUGCAGAAGAUGAUCGUUCAGAGCCAGAGCUUCCCCCCACUCCCACACAGCUGGGAUUGGUAAAGGCGCCGGAUCAUGGAGCAGGGCUGAUGAGCAGCAGUCCCAGCGCGAGACAUGAGAAAAGAAUGAAACGAAAAGCAGCCGAUAUAACACAUGGAAGUCCCUUGAAGUCAAUGAAAUUCCGACAUCCAAGUCCAGAAGAGGAAUCGGUCUCGGGCUCAGAUCUAACUGGGGACGGCCUGUCCGCAGCCGCUCUAGAGAGACGCAAAGUGCACAAGAGCCUUCAAGCGGAAUUGCAAAGAUUGAAAGACGAUGUCGAUGAGUUGACACAAUGGACUGGGAAAAUUGAGUCCAAUGCGAACUUGGACAAUAAAUCGAAAGAACUUGACCGUUUCCUCACCCUUCUUUCAGAUGAAUCAUCUCAUAUCAACCGCCCCAUUCCUCGACAAGCUCCAACUCCUAUUUCCUCUCUUCUAUGCUCUUUACUCCCGUUCUCCAAAAAUAUACCUCGCCCUGCACGUCACACAUCACCUCUACCAACAAACCCAUUCGCAUUGAAACAAUCACCGCAUGCAUCAUCAUAUCUAAAGGUCUUCGCCCCGCUGGCUCUUCAGACAAGCACGAGCCGUAGGACGGUCUCAAAUACUAAUGUCAUCCUCGAAACGCAUACUCUAACAUUCACACCUCCACCUCCAUUUCCAUCAUCUUUAUACAAUGUCUCGGUUGUUUACGAAACAAACCCAGAGACUCAAACUGUUGUCUCUGUUUCCGUUCCGACAGGAAGCAACAGUAAAAAACGCCGAGUACCUGAAGUACUCCGAGGAUGGAUUGAAGCCCGACUAGCCAACCCCCUUCUAAGACUUGAUAUAACCACACUUUGCUGGGGUAUAAACCGAUACUGGGAAGUGUCUGUUGCUCGCGCCCAGCUAUGGGCAUAUAUUGACCACAAGCAUGGCAGUGGCGGGAAAAAAGGCACCUUACCCCAAUCCCAACCAGGCGUCAUCAUGCCUUCGGAGCUUCGAGGAUUGGUUCCCCACCUGGAACGCAGUACAAUGAUCCUCCAGUCCAAAUCAACAGGAGGCACACCUCGAGUCCUUCUGGCCAAUGCAUUGACUAUUGACGAUUGGACUGGAGAGCCACAAUUACGACCGGAACUGAGUGUUUCCACAUCGGGCUCUGGCUCUGGAAUGAGCAAGAAAAUCGAUCAGGAAACAAAGAAAUUGUUUCAUGCGCUUUUGCGUGAGGAUAAUGCUAUGUCUGCCCAAAGUAUUAUUGGAGGUGUUCAGUUUGAUGCGAUUGUACGCGCCACUGAGGGUGCUAUAGGUGCCUUGUUCAAUCGUGGUUGA